AUGGAGCAGAAUAACAACAAUGUAGAAGAUUUCUCCUUAAAUGUCUUUUCUGUUACUCCUUAUCAGCCAAACAGGUCCGAUGUCCUGGUGUCAGAUGGGGAUAAAGCUGGCACCACACUACUCUUUUCAGGUGUGUUUUUGGGACUGGUGGGGAUCACUUUCACUGUGAUGGGAUGGAUAAAAUACGACGGCAUUACUCAUCUGGAGUGGACUCAGUUGCUAGGGCCCAUUCUGCUGUCUGUCGGGGUGACUUUUAUUCUGAUUGCUGUUUGUAAAUUUAACAUGCUUACAUGCAAGCCCUGUAAAGAAGGAGACGAAAAUACAUCAGACCUCGACCAGACUGCAAGUGGACAGUCCUUUGUCUUCACUGGCAUUAACCAGCCCAUAACGUUUCACGGCGCCACAGUGGUUCAGUACAUCCCUCCGCCGUACCCAGCCCAGGAAGGUCUUGCUGUGAGUCCUGCCUGCCUUCACCCGGUGCUCAGCUGCUGCAGUGCUGGUUCCCCCGCUGCCUCACCCAGUCCCACCUCAGGCUCUGCUCACUUCUGCCCUGCCUACCCCAUGGAUAACCCAGCUUUUGCCAGAGAUGAGGACUACGCUGCAGAGAAUACCAGGAAUCAGAGGUCAGAGGACAGUUCUGAUGAGCCAGAAGAACUACUGGAAGACUACACCUGUGAUAACUUGUUACCUCCACGUUAUGAGGAAAUAUACCCACUGUCUUCAUAA